AGAAAAAAAUGCUCAAUUGAGUUUAAGUUAAAAAAACCCAAACCAAAACAAAAACAACCUUGGCCAAAAAAUCAACUUGGUCAGGGUUGGAAAAAGUUGCUAUUUUUAUGGCUAAUUUUUCUUUGUUGCCAGCGUGAUGCAUCCCUGCUGAAGAAACUAGAUUACGCACGUUAAACAUAUUCCUGUAGGUGCAUAUUCCUGAGUUGAAUAUUUUGAAUUUGGGCUCAAUAAAGGCUGGAUUUUACUGUUGGUCCUUUUUUAUUUAUUUAUUUGUUUAUUUAUUUAUUUAUUUACUUACUUCUAUUUUUAGCUCCAACCGUUGCUUUCACAGCUGAUGUUCACACGGAAAUGUAAAAAUAUGCUGGCUGCUGAUGUGUCAACAGUGUGCUUAGAUGUAGACUGUACAGAUGGCUGUGCACUUGCAUCACUCAGAGGGUUCCCGUUUGCAGGAAGAGUACUACUCUCACAUGGAGCAUAAAAAAAAAAUAUCUCAAAAGAUUAAAAGCACUCUGUGCCCGUCAAUUGAGUUGACAUCCUCCACGAAUUAUACGAAUUGUGAAAAAGUUCAUGUUGUACAAAAGCAGCCCUGUGACAAUUUGUUUAUAUUUGAUUACAGAAUGAUUGUAAGCGUUCUUUGGGUUUGGUGCUGUGUCUUUACAUACAGCUGAAUUUUUUUUCUCCAAUAUUUAUACAUUUUGCAGACAAUGAAAAUGAGUUUGACCUCAUUAUCCAACCUAUGCAGACUGCACCCACCUGCUAAUUCAUAACCCAGAUUUGCACAUUUUUAAAUGUGUCAGGCCACAGCCAGUUUUUUUUCAUCUUUUUUUUGUUGUUGUAAAGUGUUGUAAUGAACUUCAGUUACAUUUUCUUUGCGAUGACCCACUUUUAUUGAAAUUGUAUAACUUUCUGAAAAAACCCAGGUCAUGCAUUUUUAUUUAUUUUUUCAAAGCUGAUUAUGAAACUGUACAGUUGGCCAAACGAAGGUAAUUGGUCCCUACUGUUAUGAGCAGGUGAAACUGGUUGUCCUACUGUGAGGUCCAGCAAGACUCUGGCUCAAGUAGACUUAAAGGAUUGCAUCACCUUUUAAGCAACAAGGGAUGCAUUUAGUUUUUAAUCGCUGCAGGGCUUGGUGGGAAAAAUGCCUGAGGCUGUAGGAGGUGGAAUGACCUAUAAGCAAAGUGUACUGUUACAGUAACAAAUCUGUUCAUAUGCUGCUGGUGGCAUGCUGUGUGGGUGUAGGUGAUGCUUUGAGAACAGGAUGAAAAUGGAAUGAAAUGGGGAACAUCUCCUGAUCUAAAUGUUAUGGUCUGUCCUGCUUGUUGGUUUGUUUUUAACUGGUGAAUCCAAAUUAACCCACUUCCCUUACAAUUCUCAUGAACAGGGAAAUUAGAAACACUUUUUUCCUUUUUUUUUUUCUCACUUCCUCAUCAGCUGAAAGUUUACAGCAACUUGAAAUAGUGGUGUUCUCCGUGAGGUUACUAUCUGCUUGAAUAGAGGAAAAAGAAGAGGUAAUCAUAUUUUAGACCAGAAAAAACCCACAAAACUACAUACAACACACAAAAAGAGCGAGUCAUCUAUAUGACAUGAAGUAUCCCAGCAGCCUCUGGGUAACUUGAGGUCUGAUGAGGCGAGUGUUAACAGCAGAAGAGCCAUGCUGGUGUAGCAUGAAAUGCCCUGCUCCCCUGUCGCACCAAGAGAUAAAAGCAAAAAGAUGCUCCCAACCGCCCAGCUUGGCAGGAGUGAUGGGAUGUGUCAUCUAGCAGAAGAGGCACUCCUAGACGAUGUAAUCACCCUGAAGGAUUCAUCUGAAACCACACCACAGCAAGACCAAGGAGUAACAGAGAACGAGAAAGAAGACAAAGACACAAGCAUGGGCGUGGGGAAGAACACCACCUCCAAAUCGAUGGACAGCAGCAGUGAAGGAGGAAAAUAUGAAGAGGAGUGCAAACAUGGGGCAAAUUUCUACCCAAUUCCGGUGGUGGUAAAUGGAGUCAGCGGCGCCAGUGGUGACCAGGACACUGAGAACACAGAGCUGAUGGCCAUCUACACUAAAGAUAAUCAAGGAGGCGAAAAGAGCUCAAUGUCUGAGACAUUGGACAGUACAGACAGUAUUGAUGCAAGGAGGUCGGAUAUGAUCUACACCAUUGAAGACACCCCACCCUGGUAUCUCUGUGUGCUCUUGGGAUUACAGCACUACUUGACAUGUUUCAGUGGAACCAUCGCGGUGCCGUUCCUCCUCUCUGAGGCGAUGUGCGUCGGCUUUGAUCAGUGGGCAACCAGUCAGCUCAUAGGGACCAUCUUCUUCUGUGUGGGGAUCACUACCCUGCUACAGACCACACUGGGCUGCAGGCUUCCUUUGUUUCAGGCCAGUGCUUUCGCCUUUCUCGCACCAGCCAGAGCCAUCCUGUCACUGGAGAAAUGGAAGUGCAACAACACAGAUAUUCCAGCAUUAAACGGUACAGAGCUCCUCAACACAGAGCACAUUUGGCAGCCCAGGAUACGAGAGAUCCAAGGUGCCAUCAUUGUGUCAUCCAUGGUUGAGGUGUGCAUUGGCAUGCUGGGUCUCCCCGGGAUGCUCCUGAAAUACAUCGGACCUCUGACCAUCACUCCCACCGUGGCCCUCAUCGGCUUGUCUGGUUUCCAGGCUGCAGGGGAGAGGGCUGGAAAACACUGGGGUAUUGCUAUGCUGACUAUCUUCUUGGUGCUGCUCUUCUCUCAGUAUGCCAGAAAUGUUCACUUUCCUCUGCCCAUCUACAAAGCCAAGAAGGGCUGGACAUCCUAUAGGCUCCAGGUCUUCAAAAUGUUUCCUAUCAUAAUGGCCAUUCUCAUGUCGUGGCUGUUAUGUUUCAUUUUCACUGUGACCGACGUUUUCCCACCAGAUAAGGACAAAUACGGUUUCUACGCCCGCACAGACGCACGUCAAGGGAUCCUCUUAGUAGCACCAUGGUUCAAAAUCCCCUACCCCUUCCAGUGGGGCGUUCCCACGGUGACGGCUGCAGGUGUGAUCGGUAUGAUGAGCGCUGUGGUGGCCAGCAUCAUCGAGUCAAUUGGAGAUUACUACGCCUGCGCUCGGCUGUCGUGUGCUCCUCCGCCUCCCAUCCACGCCAUCAACCGGGGAAUAUUUAUAGAAGGCAUUUCCUGUGUGCUGGAUGGUCUUUUCGGGACAGGAAAUGGCUCUACUUCCUCCAGUCCAAAUAUAGGCGUCCUGGGAAUCACAAAGGUGGGCAGCAGGCGUGUAAUCCAGUAUGGAGCUGCCAUGAUGCUGCUGCUGGGGCUCGUGGGUAAAUUCAGUGCCCUCUUUGCCUCUCUGCCUGACCCAGUCCUGGGAGCGUUGUUCUGCACCCUGUUUGGUAUGAUUACAGCAGUGGGACUGUCCAACCUGCAGUUUGUCGACCUCAACUCCUCCAGGAACCUCUUUGUCUUGGGCUUCUCGAUCUUCUUUGGCCUGAUGCUGCCGAACUACCUCAAACAGAAUCCACUGGUCACCGGCAUUGUUGAAAUUGACCAAGUGCUAAAUGUGCUCCUCACCACUGCAAUGUUCGUCGGAGGGUCUGUCGCCUUCAUUUUGGACAAUACCAUCCCUGGUUCUCCUGAAGAACGAGGUAUUAGGAAGCUGAAACGCGGUUCUGGUCUUAGUGCAGCAGAACUGGAAGGGAUGAGAUCCUACGACCUGCCGUUUGGAAUGGACUUCAUCCGCAGACACCGAAUCUUCAAGAACUUCCCCAUCAGCCCAACGUUCACAGGCUACCAUUGGGGGCGGCUACAGGGAGCCUGCAGGAACAGAAUGGGACACGGGGAUGGGGCAAAGGGAGGGGAGGGCAGCGCAGCACUGGGAGAGAGUCGGGUAUAACCAGCAGGCUGGAGAAACCUUGAAAUGGUUGAAUUUUGGGGAGCAAGGGAUGGUACACUAAGUCAACAUAAUGGGGGAGUGGAGGACAGAAGCGGCACUGGAUUGUGUGGAAGAAAAUGUGAUGCACCACCCCCCCCCCCCACCACUGUCACUAUAUGCGUUUAUUUUCUAUAGCUUGUAUCAGUCACUUCCCACUAUGCUAUUUUAAGCAUGCUAUAGCAAGCCACAGCAUGCUAUAAAUGAUGUCACCAUGUGGAGAUCAGUCUGUUUGUGUGCAUGUGUGCAUGGAGUAAUCCAGGAGGAGACAGAUGGAUGUCAGGCAGUCGGAGCUGAAUGUCUAAUGGCUCACUCACUCGUGAUCGCUGCUAACUGAGACAGCCCAAAUUAUGUUGCAUACAUUCUUCUCAAAGCACAGUAGAUUGAAAUAUGGGACUUGAGCAUCAUGUUAGGAAUCGUUCCCCUCUGGAUUUGUUAUGCAACCACACAUGCACACACCAGCAGCCACUGUAGAUCUAGCACGAGCACUGCAUUGCACAACAGGGGGUCAUGCAGAAUGAUGGAAGUAGUUUGUAAGGUCCCCUUAGCCAUGUGAAGUGAUUGUGAGAUUUAUUUUUGUAGUACCUCCUUCCUGAGUUCAAAGUAGAAUGUCACUUCACAGAUUCUUCAGUAAAACACGCUCACGCUAAAGAGGCUCGCAUCCCAUAUUAUUUCAUAAUGAAGUGCUAAUAUUCAGAAGACCUCUCCCAUAUUACUGGGCAGAAAAGAAAAUCACUAACAUACCGGUUUACAUUUAUUUAGAUUAUGUCAGUAUUAUUCAUCAGUUGUUAACAGGACCAAAACUCUGCCUUUCCUGAACAUGCUUGUUAAAGUUUUAAUUUAAAUCUGCUACCCUUUAUUUACUUUACAUGCUGGCUCUUAACUAAUGAGACAAGCUUUCAAUAAUGCCUCUAUCAUCAUGGUGACGGCAGAGGAUUUAUAAGAGCUGCAUUAAUGCGCACAGUAACACGAACAUGUGGCCUUGUCAGGGAGACCUUGUGUGAGUAUAUAUGAAACUGAUGAAUGAUGACAUGAGAAUAAGUGUUCUCGCACAGCUCCGUGUGGGACUUGUCUCACAGUUUUGGGGUCACUGUGGAUGUAUAUUAAGGUAGGAUUUACCUAAAGGCUAUAUAAUUGUACUGGGAGGUAAGGACAUUGUAUUUUGCUGACUAUAGAGUAUAUAAAUCUAACAGUUUCUUUCUUUUGUGCCCUUCAUCUGCUCACAUGUGCAGUGUGGCAGUUUGGGGGGGUUCUUUUUUUCCCAGACAGUCAUGACGUAUCAAUGUUUACUUGUUUAACUCUGGUCAUGACUUUUUUCUCACAUUCCUGCUCUCCCUCAGUCAUCAAUACGCGCUCUCUUUCAUCUCCUACUAAGUUUCAAAGCAUUUGCAGUCUGUACGGUAUUAACCCAGGCGUGCCCCCCACCCCAAAAACAGAGCCACUCUUUUCUGACCACACUGUGUGCCUCUGCUGCUUCUAUGUAUAAAGAGCAGCUUUUGAAAAAAAUACCACAGAGUUGGCAACAAUAUAAAAAAAAAAUGAUGCAUAGAAAUAAAGAGUAGCCCACUUGAGAUUUUUAUAAAACCAAAACGCUCAAAGCUCUUUAUUUGUAUUUCUGCUGUUCUGUUACCAUAUACCAAAACUUUUCAUUGACAUUUGUUGCUACUGAGAGACGUGAUUAGUUUAGUCUCAUUCCAGAUUCCCCCAUUUUUAUCUCUUAUUAAAGCUAUUUAUUUAUUUAUUUAUGGGGGGUUUUAAAAAAGAAAAAGUCUAACGGGUUUAUGCGUCCCUUUCAGAAUUUUUAGUGUGUUUUAGUUUACUUGUUGAAGCCCUGUAAAGACCGGUAAUGAUUGACAGCUACUCCUGCCCUCCGCCCCAGCUCCAAUCGGUGCUUUUAGAAGGUCACCCGGCGAGAGAGGCUUUAAAAGGGUUGUUUCUGACGUAAUAUAAAAGCUGCUUCUAUUUCAUUCCAUUUCUAUCAUGUUGCAUUUGAAAGCAAAAGAUGAAAACUUUUAAAUGUCGAACUGGAUAGUUCAGAAUUUACAGAUCAGGGCCUUUUUACUACGAAGUACUGUUUGCACAUGUAAUGGUGCCAAGAAGACUGGGGUCCAGAUGACUUCAUACGCACUAACCUGGAAACCUGAAAUAUUACUACAGUGCUUUUGAAGACUUUAAAGGAGGUGUGAACAUUAAUGACCUAAUUAAAACAGGUCCAGCUGUAGUUCCAUUUAUGACGUACUGCUCUGAUUUGGUGAUGUCUCAUACUUUGUUACGCCAAAAUAAACCAUAGUUAUUAAUUAUGUGACCCUUAAUAUCUACAGGGGCAUCACUCUUUAGGUAGGGUUAAAGGUGUUGGGACAUUUUUAUAGAUUUCCAUUUGUUUGUCAAAUAAAAUAUGCAAUUACAGUAAUAUAAUUUGCGUUGACUAUACCACUGAAACUCCUUACGAGGUCGCAGACUGAUUUUUUCCAAAAUACUGAAUGACCAUCCAGAGUAGAUGGUAAAAAAAAAACAGAGUAAUGAUGUCACAAAAGAGCCCAGGGUUAGAGAUAACUGACGUGCGAAAACUGUAAAUCUAAAACCUCAUCUCCCUCGUUUAAAUUAUUGGCUGACUUGCAAAGGGACUUUACCAGGUGGUUGGUAAAAUAAGCAGUGUGUUGUUGGCACUCCAGCUGAUGUGUCGUGACUAUGUAACCUAGCUCUAAGAGCUGGCAGUGAUCAAAGUCAGACUUUUAAGCAGCUUCCACGGAGAUAGAGGGUAGUUUUGGGGGGGUUGGCCCUUGCUGUAGUAAAUUUCUGGCAUGCACACGACUCGUGACCUUGUUUUCUGUGUCAUAUCAUGUUCAUGCAACCAGCACUUCUCCCAUCACAUCAGUCUCUCCUUGCACACUCUUGGCCCUGCAGUGAAGAUGCAUCUGUGUCCUCGUGAUUGGUGUACCUUGUUUUUCUCCUCUGGAAUUUUUAUUGUCACCAUUUCUGAAUGCAGGAGGAGGACACACCCGUUGGUCACCUUUAUUAAGAGCCUGUUGUUUAUCAAGCAGCUGAGUGAAACCUGCCUUAUCGCUUAAUGUGAAGAUGAACAUGGGAUGUCUUUGUGCCUCAUGGCAGCUUCCUCCAGUUUUUUAUUAUUGUACUCCUGUCUUAUUGUAGGAUUUAGUACACAUGCACCUCUCGCACAGCUGUGAAAGAAGCAGCCAGUUACAGUAAAAAACAAAAUAAAAACAUUGUUUCUGGUUUGAAUUACAUUCACAUGGCUCUUAAAAAGGUGACCAUAAGGUGCGUAACACAAAGACAUCAAUCCCUUUCAGUUAUUUUGAAGGGGUCAUUACCUGGAGACUAUACUUCUGUGUAUUAAGUGUUCUAUCUUUUUAAAUGUUUUUUUUAUAUACAUAGUUUUUAUGUUUUUGCAAGCAAAUAUUUGUAAGAAACGAAUCAUAACUUUGAAUCUUAAAUCAUGCUGGAAAGCGCACCAUUUUCUUGUACUUUUUAUUUAAAAAGUAAAUACAUUUAAACCCCAUUUCAAAUCUGUGGUUUGGUGGAAUCCUGUUUAUGAUCUUUUCAUAUUGUAUUUUUUUACUCUAACAUUGUUUUCUGUCCAUGUUAACACAUUACCAAUAUAAAUCCAAGAACAAGCUGAGAAACUUUAAAUAGAUGUAAAAACACAAAUGUAUAUUUAAUGGAGUAAAGUUUGCUAAACAUUCUGGAAUAUAAAUUGUGUAAACUAAUUGUAGCAACAAAAUGUUUUAUUCUUUGUCCCUAAAACUAUUUAAUAAGAUGUUACUGAAUGAA